GCGAGUCUGGAUUCUUCUUUUUGACGCGCCUCUCUGUUUCCCCUCUCUCCUCCUAUAAAUACCCUUUGCCCAUUUCUAUGUCUUCUCUCUGCCCUUUUGGGGGUUUCUCAGAGACCAAAACGAUCUCGAAACCGAGAGAGAACGAGACAGCCCCUUCUCAACAAACAACGAAAAGCCUCAUUUUUCAACCCCAACGGUAACAAUUUUUGAGAUUUGAUAGAGGAUCUGAUAACACACACAACCCUUAUAUACAUAUACAAAGACAAGAACACAGGUAGAGAGAUUGAUUGAAUUGAGAGAGGGGGAGCGAGAACCAAUUUGAAAUUUUCCUUCUUUUCCUCUUUGGGAUCUUGUCAAUCUCCUUAUACAUUGUCUACUUUGCAAAUUAUUUUAACCCUUCAAUUCUUCUUCCUUUCUUCUUCUUAUUUUCUGGAAAUCUUCUCUUUUAAACGCCAUUAACCUCUCUAUUUUUGUUUUUUCUCAAUUCUUUUUUGCUUGAAGAGAAAAUUUUUAUCUUGUGAUUUAAAAGUGUCUUUCUAUUGAUUUUUGGAAAACGAAAUUAGGGCUUUUUAUUAAGUGGGUUCUUGCCUGUUGUUUUCUUCCCCUCCCCCCCCCCCCCCCCCGGGGGUUUUGAUCAGAUCGUCAGUGUAACUGCCCUGAUUAUGAUUUUGGACUAUUUUGGGUUAUGAUGAUCAGAAAUUGAUUUGGAGAUUCACAGUUUGAUGGGAUUGUGUACCACUGUACCUAGUGUUUAAUUAAUGUAUUUUGGCAGAAGUAGGAAUCAGUAACUGGGUCUGCACAUUGAAUCUGCAAAACUGAAAUUCUUCUGUUUGACAGAAUAAGCUGAAGCACACACUUGGUGGUUGGUUUAUCUGGGCUUUGUUUACGUUUAGGGGUUUGGUUUUGAGUUAUUGAUUCUUAUAGUAAGGGGAAGCUUCUGAUAUUCAGUUUUGCUUAUGAGCAGGUUCUGCUUUCUCUGUUGGCCUAGUGGCAAACACAAAAGAUCAGAUGGUUUUGGACAUUCAGCAUUAUUUCAGGGAAAAAGGAAUAUUUCAGAUGACAUAAAUUGAUUUCCACUUAUCUGGUCAUUUUUUGUGCUUCUUCAUUGUUUAUUGCAAUAGAAUUGAGUAUAUAACCUUUGGUUAUGGUUAUACUAGUAUUUGCCAGUCAAAUGUUGAUUGACUUUGGGCAACUCCUGAAGUGUAUUUGUGAGUAAGAGGAUAAUUAGAGAUUUUUGCCUGGGAGGUAGUUUUUUGGAGGACUAUGGAUUGAUUUUUAGGCUGGAAAUGACUGCAAGGACAUGGUGCAUGGAGAAGCGCAUAGUUUCUGGUCUGUUCCAGUGCUGGAACAUCACAAUAUAGUAGGAGAAGCCUUUUGUACUGUGGUUAUAUCCUGCUUUGCCGGUUCAAGGAUCACGUGCAAUGUCUCGCUGCUUUCCAUUUCCUCCUCCAGGAUAUGAAAAGAAGGCUAGAUUCGAGGAUACGGAGUUGCUAAAAAAGGCAUUAUCACUUGGGGAAAAAUGAAAUUCUGAAGAGAGUUUGUACUCAACAAAUUUUUGAUAGAAUUGUAUGCAAACUUUGGUGCAAGGCACAAGAAAGUUUAUUAGGAUAGUUCAUGCUAAAUUUGGGAACUCCAGAAGACAACAAUGAAGAAGAAAGAUGACGCAUAUGGAGAUGUUGAAUAUGACUUUAGGUUGCGGUUUAACAGGGAUACUGUUGCAAUAUAUUUCGGUGGAAACUCUGAUGCAUGUCAAAGAUGGUACAAGGAACAUAUAUCAAUUGAUAUGGAAAGCAAGGACAAAUUUACUACAGGAGAAGCCUGAGGAGAAAAAGCACAAAAAGGACAAGGAGAAAAAAAAGAGAGUGGGUAAGGAGAAAAGGGAUAAAGAUAGAAGUAAAGAAAAACAAAGAGAAAAGAAGGAUCGAAAAGAGAAGCACAAAGACAAGGACAAGGAUAGAGAUAAAGAGAAAAACAGGACUUCAGAUGAGAAGAAAGUUGAAGGGCAGCCAAGCUUCUAUAAUGGACAAAAGUUGCGUUCAAACAGCCUGCAAAAUAAUGAGAUCAAGGAUUCUUUAUAUGUGCAGGAAUUGGCCAGAAGAAUUAAGGAUGAAGAUAAGGCAUCGGGAAGCCAAAUGCUGCAUAAGGUUGUUGCUACAAAUCGAAGAGGAGGUGAGGUGCAGGGAAUGGUUGUGGAGGGAAAUGUUGGUAAUCAACCUGAGGAAAAAGGAAAUUUUAAUAAUAGGAAUGAAGAUCAUAACGGAAUCAAUGGGCAAAAAAAUCAAUUUGACACCAGAGUUUUGGGACAAGGAAUUGUCAAGCUGGUGGAAAAGAAGCAUGCUGAGAAGCAAACGGAGGGAAAAGAGAUGGGCAAACACAAGGAAAGUGAUGGUAAGGGUGACAAGCACAAAGGCAGAGACCAGGAGAAGCAUAGGAAAAGAAAGGAUAAAGACCGGAAUAAGGAAGAGGAAGAGGAGGAGGAGAAAGUGAAGGAGAUAACUGAACCAAAUAAGAAGCUUAAAUUAAAAGAAAAUGUCCCUCAACUGGAAGAGGGUAGCAAGGACCCACUAGAUUUCCGAAAUCACAAAGCAUCAGACACAAAUCCUGCUACUGAAGGAAAUCUGGGAAAAAGAAAGGAGCUUGGAAAAAAUGGAUAUUUACUUGACAAUGGGAGUCGGCCUAAUAAAUUUCCAAAAUCUUCAUCUUCUUUUUCACUUGCUGAAAAUGGAAAGAAACUGGAACAGUGCCGAACUAUUAUUCAGUCAUCUGAAAAGCAGGGGUUAGCUAAUAAUCAUAAAGUGGAUGUCAAGAAACGGAAGCUUAAUGGAUUGAUAGCUGCUCAACAGCCCAAUAUAUGCUCAACAAAGCCUUCGCCCGUUGACAUUCUGGCUUAUGAGAAUGGUGAAACUCCUUCAAAACCACAUCCUGACAUGAAAAAUCUGAGUCAGAUACUUUAUAUACCAGAAAUGGAGAAGUGGCCUGAUGAUGAUGACCAGGAAUGGCUGUUCAGCAGUAAUUAUUCAGAGUCAAAAAAACCCAGCAGUGGUUAUCCUGUGGCUGAUGGAAUGCUGCAAGUAUGGGCAGAAGCUCUUCGGAUAGACUCUGCAGACAUUUCAGCACUGCCCUACGUCAUUCCUUACUGAUUUAGUACUAAAUCAAAAGGAGUAUCCCUUCUAAAAUUCCCUGGGUGGCUGUUAGCCUCUAGGGAUCACUGGGGAGGUAUGCUGGCAUCUGGGUCUUGAGAUUAUUGGUCUGCUCGCGGAUGUUCUUUCAUUGUUUGCCCAUCCCAGAUCAGUUUGUUAAGGAUUGUUGACUGACUUGUACUUGCUUAGAACAGCCACCAUUGGGUUUUCAUCCGAAGAAACUUUCCUCGAGUGAACUGGUGAGAUAAAAGGACAUUGGACCUAAAAGUUUGAGAUGGUUAGUUCUGAUUUUUAUUAGCUUUAGAGCUAAAACAUAUAGGUUAGGUGAGAGUUGCAGCGUUCCCGUGGGCAGUGUUCGCACAUAUUUUUUAUGCGUAAUGAUUGAUGGUAUACGUAUUUGUAAAGCUGGAGGGCAAAAUGAAAUAGGCAAACCAAUUCAUCUGUGAACUUAUGGUUUUUCUCGUCUUUUUGAAUGUAGGAUAGCAAAAUUUUCUCUUGGUUUUUCUCUUGUUUUUAAGGACUAAGAAAUAAUAUUUUCAAUUUACUUUCUUUCC